UUUUCAAAGGAAUUUGCCUACAUCAACUACUAUUACGAGGUGAUGGGUUCAACUAAUGACAAUGAUGGGAAUGCAGAUAUGGAUAUUUGCCGAGUCUGCCGCUUGACGGGAAAUGAUGCUCUUUACCAUCCUUGUCUCUGCACUGGUAGCAUCAAAUACAUUCAUCAGGAUUGUUUGUUACAAUGGCUAAAGUACAGCAAAAAGGAUGUUUGUGAACUUUGCAAUCAUAAAUUUUCCUUUCGUCCCCUCUACCGAGCUGACAUGCCUGAACGUUUACCAUUGAGGGAUUUACUGCGAGGAAUAUUUCUGAUUGUUGCUCGAUUCUUGCGACUCGGAUUUACUUACACUCUGGUCUUUACUUGUUGGCUAGGCCUAGUUCCCUUAAUGGCGGCUCGGACUCAUCGACUGGUAUUCUCCGGAUUUAUUUCAUCAAUAUUUUCUUCUCGGUUUCUUCUUUUAUUUUCUGCUGAAAAUAUUGCUAUGGAUAUUAUACGUGGUUCUCUUGUUGUUACUUUGUUUCUAUGUACAUUUAUUUCAUUAGUUUGGCUUCGUGAACAAAUAAUGGUUGGUGGUCCUCCAGAUGUCCUAUAUCUACCCGAUGAUCAGCAAGUAUCAGAUCCAAUAACGCCUCGUCCACAACAAGAUCAACAGUAUUUACCAGUCAGUGAUGAAGAAAAUAAUCCAAGUACUUCUGCUUCACUUAAUAAUACAGAGAGUGAUAAUGCCAAUAAACUAAGCGACGAAGGAACCUCAAAAACCAACAACAUUCCAAAUAAAUCACUUCCAUUACAACAUUUUCAGCCAGUUCAACACGCGUUAAUCCACGAGGAAUCUAAUUCGCAGAAUCAACAUCUCCCUACAGAAGCUGAAAAUUUUGAAGAACAAAAUAUACAACAACAACAAGAUAAUGGUGAUCAGGAUGCAGCCAUUCCUCCUGUUGCAGCCGAAGUGGUUGAACAGCAACGAUUUGCUGAUGAAUUGACCUGGCAACGACUUCUUGGUCUUGAUGGUUCAUUUGCGUUUAUUGAACAUGUUUUUUGGACUAUAUCGUUGAAUGCAGUUUUCAAUAUAGUUUUUCUAUAUUUUCCUUCACAAAUUGGCGCCAGUAUGCUUUCUCUUGUUGGGCUUGGCUAUGGCAAAAAAUUGAUAUACUUUGAACUCAUUGGAUUACUGGUUAUUCUUCUACAUGGGAUUGUCAUACAUCAACUUGCCAAAAUUUUCCGCUUAAAAAGUAUAUACACAAUAUCUGGGAUGAUUUGUCUUAUGCUCAAAGUUUUUCUUUUGGUUAUUACUGAAUUAAUAAUUUUCCCAAUACUCUGCGGUUGGUGGCUUGACAUCUGUUCUCUUCCUCUGACUGGUGUAACUCUGGAUGAUCGUAUUCGAAGCUUCCGACACUACCCUACUAGUUCAUUCUUUCUUCAUUGGCUUGCCGGAAUGGUUUACGUGUUUUAUUCGGCGUCUUUUAUGUUAAUUCUUCGUGAACUUCUUCGACCUGGUGUUCUUUGGUUCAUUCGCAAUUUGCACGAUCCCGAUUUUAACCCAAUUCAAGAGAUGAUCGAGCAACCAAUAACGCAUCAUCUUCGCCGUUUAGUGGCGUCAAUGACGCUUUUCUUUUCAAUAAUCCUUAUUGUUGUUUAUCUACCAUUGCGUCUAAUAAAUUGGGGUCAUCCAUCGACUCUCCCAUAUGUAUUUUCUGGAUCAGCAGACACUCCACUGGUAGAAUAUUCGUUUGAGCUCGUCCUUCUGCAGGUAAUUAUGCCAACCAUUCUUGAGUAUUCGAAGGCCUUCUCGCUACUUAAACGAGCUGUCCGGUUUUGGUGUAGAAUUAUUGGUGGAUGGCUUCAGCUAGAUUCAUAUUUGUUACCAAGCGAAAAGGACAAAAACAAUGUUGAUCAACGAGAGCAGCAAAGACAAAGAGCUCGCCAACGUCUUAUGCGUGGUGACCAGAAUGAACAGCUUGGACUUUUGGAAGUUCUCGAGGCUAUUGAAGAUGACACAACAGAUGACGAACCUGCUGACGAAAAUGAAAAUGAUCACGUUGAAAAUGACACUACUAAUGCACAAACGAACGAUAAAGAAGCUUCUGAGAACUCUAGUCAAGUGGCUGAUUCUUCUAAACCCGGUGAAUCGAGCAGCGCAACACCUUUUAAUACUGAUAUAGAAAUCAAUGCAGAACACGCAGAACCACAACAACACAAUCCCAAUAAUGUAAUGUUGAAUGAUGAUAUGCCAGUGCAACAACAGAACGAACAAGUAGAGCAUCGCCAAGCUCGACAACGUGUUCAAGAGCAGCGUGAACAACGAAAUUUGGGUGCACAGCAUCAUGCACUUUUGCAUUUUCGUGAUACCGCUUUAACUGUAGAAUAUGUUCGUCCUAAUCUUUUUCCACUAAGGAUUGUGUUAUUAUUAAUUUGUUUUGCCGUAACAGCAAUAUUAUUGGCGCUUGCAGCCUUUCUUAUACCAGUUACAAUCGGGCGGACAUUAUUUAAGAAGUUCGCAUUAACAAGCCAGUCUUCUCAAAUCCAUGAUCUUUAUAGUAUUGCGACUGGAGUAUACAUAUGUUGGAUUUUAACGCGGCUUGUUUCUAUGACCAAAGAAUGGUUGCACAAAGGAUGGAGCUAUAUGAAAAAGGUGUUCAACACUGCUGUUUGGUUAGGUUUUCGAGUUAUUGCUGCAGCUGUUCCUUUGCUUGUUGUUAUUCCUUUCAUGCUUGGAUUCUAUUUUCAAAUGCUAGUUAUCAGUCCACUUAGGGUGGCUAUUUUUCAAUCACCGUUAUUUUUCCCAUGGAAGGAAUGGGCGAUGGGUGUUGUCCAUUUUAAAAUAAUUUGUGCAUCUAUUUAUGCUGAUGGAAUUUGGAACUUUCAACUAAAGGAUUUAUAUAUUAAUAUGGUUAUACCAAUCGGGAAUGCACUUUCGUUUUUAAUCGCAUUCCCUUAUGUGGCCAGCAAAUUUAUAAUGCUUUUUGUUGAGGCAGAUCGUGAAAAUCAAGUGAUUAUAAUACGCUAUUCAUAUCCAUUUUUUCUUGGUUCUAUUUGUAUAGUAGCUUUUCUUAUCUGGCAAUGGAAAAAAUUGAAGAUGUUGGCACAGAAAAUUAGAAACGAUAAGUAUCUGAUUGGAACUCAACUAGUGAAUUUUUAUCGAGAUAAUACAGCGAUAAAAACAACAAACCUUCAGGCUUCUAAUAUAAUUGACGAAACAAAGAAAGAUGAAAUGAUAAAUCGGAUUUAG